UGCAGGGUGAUGCACAUGCGCAUACCAACACCCCGUCGCUAUAAUUGGAUUGGCUGCCGAGCGGCCACACCCAAUGACGUGACGGGGAUAUUAUCCCGGCUGCCGACGGCGGUAAGUUUUCACCCUGUGGCUGACGGCGCCGGAGGAGCUGGAAGACUGCAGAUAUGUCUGACUUCUCAGAGGACCAGAUCAUCGGUUGAAUUUAAGCCGGACCAGAUUUAUGAGUUCAAGGAAGCGUUCCUGCUUUUUGACCGGACAGGCGAUGGGAAGAUCAGCUACAGCCAAUGUGGGGACGUGAUGCGUGCACUGGGCCAGAACCCCGUCAAUGCUGAGGUGCUGAAGGUCCUGGGAAACCCCAAAGCUGACGAGAUGAAUUUCAAGAUGCUGGACUUCGAGCAGUUCCUGCCCAUGUUUCAGACCAUUGCCAAGAACAAGGACCAGGGCUCCUUUGAGGACUUUGUGGAGGGCCUGCGUGUCUUUGACAAGGAGGGCAACGGCACCGUCAUGGGUGCCGAGUUGCGUCAUGUCCUCACCACACUAGGAGAGAAGAUGACCGAGGAAGAGGUAGAAACCCUGAUUGCAGGUCACGAAGAUGCUAAUGGCUGCAUCAACUAUGAAGAACUUGUCAGGAUGGUCAUGAGCGGCUGAAGACCUGAACAUCAUCUUCGAUAUUUUAGACAUAGGUUUUGUUUGAAUAUUUAUCCCCCGCACCCCCACUGGCAUACUGACACCCACAAUGCUCCUGGGUUUCGUUACUUCACCUUCUCAGAAGUGCCUUCAACACAGCGGACACCCCAUGGUUCGAGGUCGAAUGCCCCGCGAUGCCUCGUGAACCUGCUGCUAGGAUCGGAACAGGCUCACGGUUUACCCAGCAGAGAGGAAGUCCUAGUUUCCUCCUCACCGGUCGCUCUGCGUCAUAGGAAAGGUGUCGGUAAAUUAACCGGGCAUGAACUGAAAGUCGCUUGUGGUGUUUCAUCCACAGCCAUAUUUUGUUUAGACUAAAUAAAUUUGCCUGAUUCCUGAAA